AUGGCCAACGCAGAACGUGGAACUAGCAUGGGCGCUGGCCUCCCUGGAAUGGUGCCAACGCCUUUCUUCGAUGGUGGCGUGGGACAGACUCACGACAUGGAGGCAGAGCACGGUGAAUCGUCCCCCGAGGAGGGUGUUGGGGAUGCCGGAGGAGACGAUCCAGAACUCUUAGAGCUGACGAGGCUGCUCAACAGCGUUCGCCAGCGACGUGGCCGUGACAUUUCGGGUAUCCUUGCGGCUGCUGGUAGUCGUGGCACUCCACUGCUAGGUGCUGAUGAGUUAGAGGCGUUGGCGAGUAUUGACAGUUCUGUCCGUAGGCACGAAGAAUGUGGAAAGGGCCCCAUCACUGGGUUAAAUAGGGGUGACACGCAGGCAGCCGCGAGUAACAUACCUCGAGCUGCCCCUAUCGCUACUGACGAGAACCCUCAUGCUUUCACUAAUGACCAUCCUGAUCCAUCACCACAGCCUACCUCACAGCCCGCAACCCCACCCCAGGCUGUCGGCCACGCUACGGCUGUUGCACAUCGCGGGCGAGUGAACAGAGGGCUUUACACCAACAGACUCAAGAAGGAGCGUGACCACCUCAACAACACCAACGGAGGUGCACCCGGCCCUGUUCCUGCGGCACAACCUACACGGGUAGGAGUGCAUGACCAGCGGAAGGACACGUACCGGACAAGAGGAGCAGCGUACCGCGGGCAUGGCGCAGGGGCUGCCGAGGGCUUCCAAGCCCGUGGUGUGAAGCGGGAAAGGAACCUCCCGCAGAUGACUCUCAUCAUUGACUAUGAUCCGGAGAGGAGCGGGGAGGGCUUGAUACGUGGCAUGCCGUCUCCAGAUGAGAUCGUGGUGAGUAUGCGCACGGAGUACCUAAAGGAGCACCUUGGGCACAAGGUCUCUUCGUGGAGCCAUGAGAAGGGCGACAAGAGGCCCUUCACCAGCGCCCUGUUCUUUGCAGCGUGCAAGGCGGCAUACCCUGAAUGGGUCACUGCUGACGGGAUCCUUGUCCUCUUCGACUAUGGCAUGACCAACAUGAGGGGCAAGUCAAUGACUCUCUCACAAAGCCCCCUGACCAACGAGCGCGAGAUGGUGGAGGUGCUGGCAGAGGUCGAAGCAGCCAUCAAGAUGUGGCUGGCCGUGGCGAAGGGGCGCCUGUACGUCCCUGAGAUGGGGGCUUUCAAGUGGGGUGAAGCUGGGCUGUUUAUCAACGAGAGUGGGUUCAAUGAGUAUCUGCCGGAGGAGUAUCAGGUGCGACCUGCGUCGCACGUGGGUGACCAGGGUCCGUGGAUGGAGUGA